AUCAUGCAGAAGAAAUACCAAAACAAGAACAUGAAAACAAAGCAGUUUAUUUGAGUCAUCAUGCUGUUAUAAGAAGCGGAAGCGAGACUACUCCAGUUCGUGUAGUUUUCGAUGCAUCGUGUAAAGACACGAACGGGAUAUCUCUGAACGAUGAGUUAUUGGUUGGACCGGUUUUGCAGGAGGAUCUGAGAAGCAUAGUCCUGCGGUGGAGAAUGCACGCCGUAUGUUUUGUUUCUGACCUGAAAAAAAUGUAUAGAAUGGUGUUAGUAAAGAAAGAACAUGCCGAUUUCCAACGUAUUCUAUGGAGAGACAAUCCUAGUGAAGACAUAAAAGAAUACCGUUUACUUACCGUUACGUUUGGAACCGCACCAGCACCUUACCUCGCAGUCAGGACCUUGUUACAAUUAGCUGACGAUGAAGGUGAAGAAUUUCCUGUCGCUGCAAAGAUCCUGAAAGAAGACUUUUAUAUGGAUGACGUACUAUCUGGGUUUGACAGUGCAGCCGAAGCCAUAGAAGCAUGCAAACAAAUGACUGAAAUACUAAAAAGAGGUGGCUUCGAAUUGCAAAAAUGGUCGUCUAAUAGUGCCGAAUUCAUGAAAUCUAUCAAACCGGAAGACCGUUCAACUAAAGUACAGCUAAAUUUGAAAAUUGAUGGAACUAUUAAAGCGUUAGGCAUCCUAUGGAAUUUAGCAAACGAUCAAUUCAAAUAUGACAUAGACUUACCUCCCAUUCUGGACACCUCAAUCACAAAGCGAAACAUACUAGCGCAAAUUCAAAGGCUGUUUGAUCCACUUGGAUGGAUAGCACCCUGCAUAGUUAACGCGAAGAUACUGAUACAGAAACUGUGGUUGAAGAGGGUAGACUGGGAUGAAGAACCUGACGAGGCAUUGAAAGAAGAAUGGUCAAAAUUAAGACAAGACUUUGAAAACGUUAAAGACAUUAAUAUAACAAGAUGGAUUGGAUGUUCAAACAAAGAAACCAAGAGGAUAGAAUUGCAUGGAUUUUCAGACGCAUCUGAGAAAGCAUACGCCUCAGUUAUUUAUUGCAGAAUAAUUAACUUCGAUGGCACUAUAACCACUAAAUUGCUUGCAGCUCGAACAAGAGUCGCUCCUGUUAAGCCAGUUUCGCUACCUAGACUGGAACUUUGUGGAGCAGUGCUAUUGUCCAAAUUACUGAGGCAUGUAGCACAAGCAAUGCGAAUACCUGCUUCACAAAUAUUUGCUUGGACUGACUCUUCGAUAGUGUUGUCGUGGCUAAGUGGAGAACCGACUCGAUGGAAGACAUUUGUUGCGAACCGCGUCGUCGAAAUUUUGGACAAUGUCAAUCACCAGCAGUGGCAUCAUGUGAAAUCAGAGCAAAACCCUGCUGAUGUUGCUUCUCGGGGCGCUCUAGUCUCAGACCUGAAAACCUGCAAGCUAUGGUGGGAUGGACCAAAAUGGUUAAGCCAACAAGAAAUCAUAUUUACAAAACCAAGUGUGUCACAUACAGACUUAGAACAAAGAAACAUACAUGCAAAUUUGAAGAUAAAUGAAGAAAAGAUAAUAAAAUUUGAAGAAUUUGACAAUUUGAAUGAACUUUUAACAGUAAUAGUAUACAGCAUAAGGUUUUUACACAGUAAAACAAAUCCAGAAGGGAUAGAUGAGCCAAUAACUACGCAAGAAUUAGACAUUGCUUUGAAGAAAUGCAUCAAAAUUGAACAAGAAGAAUUUAAUGAUGAAAUUGAAGAUUUAAAAGCUAACAAAAAUGUAAAGAGAAAUAGUAAAUUAAAAACAUUGAAUCCUUACCUUGACGAAGAUGAUGUCCUCAGGGUGGGCGGCAGAUUGCGUAACUCUGUCUUACAGGAACACAGUGGCAUUUCAUUCCGCCUUACAGCCCUAAUUUCGGUGGCUUGUGGGAAGCAGGCGUGAAAUCUAUAAAAUACCACCUUCGAAGAAUACUCACAGCUAGUCUCACGUUCGAGGAGAUGACAACCACACUCUGUGACAUAGAAGCUUGUUUGAAUUCACGACCCUUGGUUCCAAUCGACAAUUUAGAUCCAGAUGCACCAGAACCUUUGACGCCUGGUCAUUUUUUGAUAGGCGAGGCCCCAAUUAACGUACCUUCUCCUAAUUUACAACACAUAAAUAUUAACCGUUUAAACCGUUGGCAAAUGACUCAAAAGUUAGUUAGAGAUUUUUGGCAUAGAUGGCAAACUGAAUAUUUGACUAGAUUGCAAACUAGACCUAAGUGGCAUAAAAAACAAUCAGAAUUCAAAGUAGGUGACGUUGUGUUACUUAAGGACGAACAAUUACCACCCGGCAAGUGGCCAUUAGGUAGGAUAGUAGCUCAACACCCUGGAAAUGACGGUUGUACCAGAGUAUACAGUGUUAGGUAUCGUAAUGAAAUUGUAAAACGUUCGGUUAGUAAAUUUUGUGAACUACCUAUUAAUGAUGAUGCAGUAAAUUUCUUUAUCUAUGUUGAAGAUUAAUUCAGUUUGUACGAAUAUAUAAUUUUAAUAGUAAAUGUCAAUGUUGAGAAAGCCUACUGGAUUAUACUUACAUUGUCUCACAGUUUCUUAACUACUGUUUACUUCCUGAGUUUAACUUACUUUGUAUAAUUAUGUUAACUUGCGAUCAUGUUUACUUAGUUAUGUGAUGUUGGUAGUAAAUUGCUGUUGUAUUGUAUAAGUAUACUAUGUGCAUGCUAAUAAUUUAAUGAAAGUCCUGUCGUACUUUGGUGGGCGGCAUGUUAUGUUUAUAAUAGACAAGCGCACGGUCUCAUUCAUUGAAUGAGUAGCUAGGCAAAUUUUG